AUGCCGUCGCGCACCACCCAACUCUCCCAGGAGACCCCGACUGAGCGGUCACCGCUCCUGCUCCAGCGCGAGUCGACACUCGAGUAUGUCACCCACGUCGCAGAAGACGCGCCGGUCGCCGAUAUCAAGCACUACAACCUCGCAGGAAUGUCCCAGCCCUUGGGUGUUCCCAGUUUGACUUUUGGGUGCUGCGCGUUUGAUGGCACCAUUGUUGCGAUCUUACUGGGCACCAUCUCGUCGUCAUUCAACGCGCUUAACAUGGCCCUCUUAUCGGUCUCCUGCUUCACCCCCCUGUAUGGCCGUCUAUGCGACAUCUUUGGCCGCCAGGCCUCACUCCUCAUCGCCCUCAGCUUCUUCACUGUCGGCAACAUCAUGUGUGCUGUUGCGCCGACCAUGAAUGCGAUGAUCUUGGCACGAGCUAUUGCGGGCAUUGGUGGCGGUGGCCUCACCUCGGUGGCGAGUACGAUCACGAGUGACCUCGUGCCCAUCACACACCGCGGUAUCUUCCAAGGGUACGCAAACAUUCUCUUCGGCUUGGGAUCCGGUCUCGGUGCACCCAUCGGUGGUAUCAUUAGCGACAACCUAGGCUGGCGCUGGGCGUUCUACCUCCAGGUCCCCAUGCUUGUUCUUGCCGGCACCAUGAUCUUCUUCAAGGUGCGCUACACGAUCCCGUCACCCUCCAACUCGGGCAGCAGCACCCCUGUGCUCAAGGAGACCACCGUCCAGAAGCUCAAGAAGGUCGACUGGCUCGGCUCGUUCAUCCUUGCCUGCAGCAUCGGCAGCAUACUCAUGGCUGUGUCUCUUAAGACAUCUUCUAUCGACGAGGCUACAGGAUUCGCGUGGAGCGAUCCCACCAUCGUCGGUCUCUUUGUGGCCGGAGCUGUCUCGCUCGUCUUGUUCCUCGCCGUCGAACUCAAGUUUGCCGUCAUGCCCAUCCUCCCUGUCGAGCUGUUGACCCAGCGCACCCCAGUAGCGGUGGCAAUCAACAACUUGUCCAUCUCGAUCCUUUCCUUUGGUGUCAUGUACACCGUCCCACUGUACUUUACCGCCGUCCGCCUCAUGACUCCCUCUGUCGCUGGCUACCACCUCAUUCCCAACUCCGUCCUCGGUGCGCUGGGCUCCUUGGGCAAUGGCUUCCUAGUUCGCCACACGGGCAAGUACUACUGGCUUACGUUCUUCUCUGGCUGCUUUGCCGUGAUCUCGUCUUGCAUGCUGUCGACUUGGGACCUCGACACGUCGGAAUGGAGCCUGUGGACAGCGUUUGGUCCGAUGGCGUUCUCGUUGGGCUCGGUUUCCACCCUCACUAUUGUGGGCCUGAUUGCCGACAUUGGCCGUGAACACGUCGCGGUCGCAACGUCUCUCUCGUACAUGUUCCGCACGACCGGCCAAGUCCUCGGCGUCUCCCUGUCGGGAGCCCUCACCCAGGCAAUCCUGCAAAGGGAGCUUCCCAAGCGCAUCACUGGUCCAGACGCCCCGGAGCUCAUUGCCCAAAUCCGCAGGUCGUCCGACGUGAUCCGCCAGCUGCCUCCCGCGCUCCAACUCGCCGCCACGCAGUCAUACCAAAAAGGACUGCAGGCCGUGUUCAUCUGCUCGAUCGUCUUUGCGGUGAUCGGUGUCAUCUCGGCGCUUGGUAUGCGCGAAGUGGACAUGAGCCCCGCGGCUUACGCGGCUAAGAAUCGUUCCGCAGAGAGCGACGAGGAGCAAUCUUAG